AUGACUCAAGAAUACAACUACUUAGGACUUAGCCUCUCAUCAAACGGAAAGUUUACUUUAGCAGUCAAACAACUUGCUGACAAAGCUCAUCGUGCCAUGAACUCUACAAGGAAAAAACUUGAUAUCCGCAAGCUACCCCCAAAUCUAGCAAUCAAAAUAUUUGAUAGCAUAAUUUCGCCUAUUCUGCUAUACAACUCCGAGGUGUGGGGCGCUUUUGCAAACCAUGACCUCAACAAAUGGGACCAAUCCCCAACUGAAAAAAUACGCUCGAAAUUUUGUAAAAUUUACCUUGGUGUAAAUCGUAAAGCAACCAAUAUAGCAAGCAGAGGUGAAAUGGGAAAAUUACCACUACUGAUUGCUAUUCUCAAAAGACUGAUAAAAUACAUAGUACACAUCAACACCCUACCCGAUUAUACCAUUGUAAAGCAAGCGCUUCUCCUUUCUAAGGACUUGUUUCUAGACAACAAACCGAGUUUCUACUCGAAUGUAAUGCACUUAAUUAAAAAUUACGCAAGCUCCACAAACGAACUCAAUGACUUAGAACUCACAACAAACUCACAUCUACAUCAAUACCUAGAUAACGCCAAAGUCAAAUACAACAACUUUUGGAAACAUAAAUUAAACAACUGUUCCAAAUUAGAUUUCUACAAAAAAUUUAAAACCGACUACAAGCUAGAAAAAUACCUUGCAAACAUAAAAAAUCAACCACAAAGAAGAGCACUUAGCCAAUUCCGCAUAAGUUGCCAUAAACUUAAUGUUGAAUGUGGCCGUUACCACAAUGUGCCUCGUGAGUAA